AUAAUAAAAGAACAACAGCAACAACAAUGAUGUACUGAGCAAGCCAGCAAUAAACAAUAAGGGUAUUCCUAUAUAUAUAUAUAUAUAUUUUAUAUAUAUAUAUAAAAACAAAAACCCCCAAAUGCAAACUCAAUGAAUUAUUCGGGCGUAACGUGUAAAACCAACAAUUAAAACGACAAAAACCGAACAGGGUCCACGUGGUGUUCAAUUGAAUAAUUAAGCGAGCAGCAGAGAGGCGAAGGGGCAACAAUAGCAACAGCAAUUGUUGCAAGUGCAACAGCAAUCGCAGUAGCAAGCAGUCAACGCGUGCCCCCAGUCAAAAUGGCGGCACGACGUUGCCCGUUGGCGCCCCCUGGGCGAGGUGGCCAACCGCAAAGGCAACGUAAUACGAGUAUCCGGCGAACUACAUCAACAGCAACAACAACAGCAUUGCUGCUGUCGUUGGCCAUGUUGUUGCUGGCAACAGCAGCAACUGCAGCAGCCGGCAGCAGCAGCAGCAGCGGCAGCAGCGGCAGCCACGAGCAGCACGCCAGCAGCUACGCCGGCCUGAGUGCAGAGAAUGCGGCCAGAAUGUUGGCGGGCACUCCCGGGGAGACGGAGAGCAAUGUGCGGCUUGGAGUGGUCGAGGGAGGUGCGCACAGCGAGCUGUCGCUGGUGCUGCCCCAUGAUACCUAUCCGGGCUUUAGCAUCAAGAAAUUUAAGACGCGUCCACUGCAACUGGCCAACAAUGGCAGCGCUCAUCGUGGCGGCGGUGGCGCGACGGCUGCUGCCUAUCACAUGCUGGACAGCGAUUACUCCAAGUACUUCACAGUGCUGGACGAUGGCGUGGUGAUGACCACGGCGGACAUAUCGCCGCUUGUGAACCGGCCCGUGCAGCUGGUGGUCGUCGAGCAGACGCCGAAUGCCACCAAUACGCACAAUCUGCAGCUGUUCGUGAUGCAUCGCAAGGACAUGCUGCGCUUCUCGGGCUCCCUGCUGGACGCCAGCGGCGAGGUGCGCGAGAAUCAUCCGGCGGGCACACGUGUGCGCGGCGUGCCCCUAAUGCAGGCCUUCAGCGGCUCCAUUUUGGACGAGGAGCUGGCCAAGCCGAAGAAGGUGCGCUACACCAUCAUCGAUGGCAACGAGGACGAUGCCUUUGCGCUGCAGGAGCGCCGGGCCAAUCAAAAUGUGCAGGUCAAUGCCAAAUCGCUGACGAUCGAGGGCGACGACGAGUCGGGCGUGUGGCUGGUCACGAAUCGUCCAUUGGAUCGCGAACAGCGUGCCCACUAUGAUUUGUCCGUGGAGGCCUCCGAUGUGGAGGGACUGGAUAAGACGGUGUCCAAGAUACAGAUAACUGUGCUGGACGAGAACGACAAUCGGCCCGUGUUCAAGUCGCAGGACUACAAAUUCGCCAUUGCCGGCAAGAAGUCACAGAAUAUGGAGAGCAACAACAGCGUUACCUGGGAGCGUUUCGCCAUCCUGGGCAAGGUGGAGGCCGUCGAUGCCGACGGCGAUAAGAUUGCCUAUCGCCUGAAAUCGCCCAGCAAUGUGGUCAUCAUAGUGCCGCAGACGGGUGAACUGAUGCUCGCCGGCGAGCCAACGUCCAAUGAGCUGCUGCUCGAGGUGAUUGCCCAUGAUCUGCGCUAUCCCAGCCUGUUGAGCGCUCAGCCGGCGAAGGUGCUGGUCGAGUUCUUGGCGCCUGAGCCCGUGUCGUUUAUAAUGCAACACCUGGAGCAUGAUGCCAUCAACGAGCAUUCGCAUCAUCGUGAGAAGCGACGCGUGACACGGGCUGUGCGGCCCACCAAGCGCAUUGAGUUCACUGAAGCCGAUGGCGAUACGGAAGGCAAGUCUGUGUUUCAGCUCGAAAAGGAAACGGACAAGGAAACGUUCAAAAUACGCGACGAUAAUCCCUGGGUGACGGUCGAAACAAAUGGAGCGGUGCGCGUCAAAAAGAAGUGGGACUACGAGGAGCUUGGACCGGAUAAGACUAUUGAUUUUUGGGUCAUCAUCACGAACAUGGGACACAAUGCUGGCAUCAAGUACACGGACAACCAGCGUGUGAUAAUACUGGUGAAGGAUGUCAAUGACGAGCCGCCCUAUUUCAUCAAUCGGCCACUGCCCAUGCAGGCGGUAGUGCAGCUAAAUGCACCGCCCAAUACGCCAGUCUUUACGCUGCAGGCACGCGAUCCGGAUACGGAUCACAACAUACAUUACUUUAUAGUGCGCGAUCGCACCGGCGGACGCUUCGAGGUGGACGAACGAUCGGGCGUGGUGCGCACACGGGGCACAGAUCUCUUCCAGCUGGACAUGGAGUACGUGCUGUACGUGAAGGCCGAGGAUCAGAAUGGCAAGGUCGACGAUCGGCGAUUCCAGAGCACGCCCGAGGAGCGACUCUCGAUCGUGGGCGGCAAGCGAGCGCCGCAGUUCUAUAUGCCCGGCUAUGAGGCCGAGAUACCCGAGAACCAGAAAAAGGACUCCGACAUCAUUUCGGUUAAGGCCAAGUCCUUUGCGGACAGAGAGAUACGGUAUACGCUGAAGGCGCAGGGCCAGGGCGCUGGCACCUUUAACAUUGGACCCUCAUCCGGCAUUGUCAAGCUGGCCAAGGAGCUGGACUUUGAGGACCUGCGACAGCCGCACGUCUAUACGCUGAUUGUGACAGCCACCGAGGACUCGGGCGGCUUCUCCACAUCCGUUGAGCUAACCAUACGUGUGACCGAUGUCAAUGACAAUGCGCCCAAAUUCGAGCUGCCCGACUAUCAGGCGCACAAUGUCGACGAGGAUAUACCGCUGGGCACCAGCAUACUGCGCGUGAAGGCCAUGGACGCGGACUCGGGCGCCAAUGCGGAGAUUGAGUACCUCGUCUCGGAUGAUCAUUUCGCUGUCGACUCGAAUGGCAUCAUUGUGAACAACAAGCAGCUGGAUGCGGACAACAACAAUGCCUACUACGAGUUCAUAGUCACGGCCAAGGACAAGGGCGAGCCGGCCAAGUCGGGCACAGCCACCGUGCGCGUCUACACCAAGAACAAGAACGACGAAGAGCCCAAGUUUUCGCAGCAAGUUUACACGCCCAAUGUGGACGAGAAUGCGGGUCCGAAUACUUUGGUCACCACUGUCGUGGCCUCCGACAAGGAUGGCGACAAUGUGCGCUUUGGUUUUGUCGGCGGCGGCACUUCCUCCGGCCAGUUUGUCAUCGAGGACAUUACGGGCGUUAUACGACUCCAUAAUAAGGCCAUCUCCCUCGAUCGCGAUAAGUACGAGCUGAAUGUUACGGCCAUGGACGAUGGCAGCUGUUGCGUCAACGGCGAUCAGACCAUACACACCUCCACGGCCGUUGUGGUUGUGUUCAUCACGGACGUAAACGACAAUAAGCCGGUGUUCAAGGAUUGCGGCACCUACUAUCCCAAAGUGGAGGAGGGUGCGCCCAAUGGCAGUCCAGUUAUCAAGGUUGUGGCCACAGAUGAGGACAAGGGCGUCAAUGGACAGGUUAAAUACUCGAUAGUGCAGCAACCGAAUCAGAAGGGCACCAAAUUCACCGUCGACGAGGAAACGGGCGAGGUCUCCACCAACAAGGUGUUCGAUCGUGAGGGAGACGAUGGCAAGUUCGUCUCGGUGACUGUGAAGGCCACCGAUCAGGGCGACCCCAGCCUGGAGGGCGUCUGCUCGUUCACAGUGGAGAUAACCGAUGUGAACGAUAAUCCGCCGCUGUUCGAUCGACAGAAAUAUGUGGAGAAUGUCAAGCAGGAUGCCAGCAUUGGCACGAACAUCUUGCGUGUCUCCGCCUCCGAUGAAGAUGCCGACAACAAUGGCGCCAUUGUCUACAGCCUCAGUGCGCCCUUCAAUCCCAACGAUCUGGAAUAUUUCGAUAUACAAGCCGAGUCCGGCUGGAUAGUGCUCAAGAAGCCGCUUGACGGCUGUUAUCCUCGCGAUCGUUAUCGUCUACGGGUGCGCGCCUCCGAUCGCGGCGAUCCGCCCUCAUAUGCCGACGUUGAUGUUGAGUUAGAUGUCGUCGAUCGUAAUAAUAAGCCACCCAUUUGGGAUAAGAGCAUUUAUGGGCCAAUCCAUAUACGCGAGAAUGUCACUGUGGGUACGGUUGUAACAUCGGUUAAGGCAAGUUCCGGCAUCGAGGGCAAUCCAACGGUGUUCUAUAGGCUAAUGCCCGGGUCCACGGCACAGACGAACAAAUUUCAUACGUUCUAUCUGCAACAGAGACCGGACAAUGGCGACACGUGGGCGGACAUUAAAGUCAACCAUCCGCUGGACUACGAGAGCAUCAAGGAAUACAAUCUGACCAUACGCGUGGAGAACAAUGGCGCCCAGCAAUUGGCAUCGGAAGCGACCGUUUACAUAAUGCUCGAGGAUGUUAAUGACGAAAUACCGUUAUUCACCGAACGCGAACAGGAAACGGUGCUGGAGGGCGAGCCGAUUGGCACCAAAGUGACGCAAGUGAAUGCCAUCGACAAGGAUGGCACAUUCCCAAAUAAUCAGGUCUACUAUUACAUCGUCGACUCGCCGCGAAACGAGGGCAAAGAAUUUUUCGAAAUUAAUUUGCAAAGCGGCGAAAUCUUUACCAAAACCGUGUUCGACAGAGAGAAGAAGGGCGCCUACGCCCUCGAGGUAGAGGCACGCGACGGUGCCCCAUCGGCGCGACCCAACAGCAAUGGACCCAAUUCAG